AUGCAGACUGCUUCUACAAACAUUUGUGAAAGAAUGGGUUGCUCUCAGGAGCUCAGUGAUUUCAAGCAUGGUACCAUGAUAGGUUGCCACCUGUGCAAUAAGUCCAUCUGUGACAUUUCCUUGGUAUUAAAUAUUCCACAGUCAACUGUUAGUGGUAUUAUAACAAAGUGGAAUCAACUGGGAACAACAGCAACUCAGCUACGAUGUGAGCGGUGUCAGUGCAUGCUGAAGUGCACAGUGCACAGAAGUCGCCAACUGUCAAUAGCUAAAGGCCUCCAAACAUCGUGUGGCCUUCAGAUUAGCACAACAGUGCGUAGAGAGCUCCAUGAAAUGGGUUUCCAUGGUUGA